AUGAUUGUAGUAAAAAAUUUAAAAAAAUUUUUUACUUUUAGAACAGCCGAAGACAAAUUUCUGACUAGCGGAUAUAUAGUUCAAGCAUACUGUGAUUCUGGAGAUUAUGACCAAAUGUUACAAGCAGCAAAAGAACAAGUAGAAUUAGCAAACAAUCAAAAUGAUGAUUUAAUGCGUUCCGAAGCUUUGCUUAAUUUGGCUAGGGCAAAUGAAAGACUGGCAGAAUAUGAGAAGGCUAUAGACUUUGCAGAGCAGAGUUUGGCACUUCCGGGAAUUGAUAGAAGAAGUCCGGGAUAUGCACAUUUAGGUAGAUAA